CCAAGAACCUGGACCACGUUAUUCCCCUCAAUCUGUGCCACCGAAGCAAUUACUAUAGCAAAAAAUAUAGUUAAAAAAAAUGUCAGGAUUGCCUCGCCGGAUUAUAAAGGUAUUUACAUCUGGAUCUGAUGCACAACUUACAAAAUAGCACCUUUUAUUCGAACCCACCCAUUUUUCAUGAGACUCAGCGCUUGCUAGCAGAGCCUGUUCCGGGGAUAAAAGCAGAACCUGAUGAAGGAAAUGCACGCUACUUCCACGUGGUAAUAGCGGGACCCCAGGACUCCCCUUUUGAAGGAGGAACCUUCAAACUUGAACUCUUUUUGCCAGAGGAGUACCCCAUGGCAGCUCCCAAAGUACGAUUCAUGACAAAAAUCUACCAUCCCAAUGUAGACAAGCUGGGGAGAAUAUGUCUAGAUAUUUUGAAAGAUAAGUGGUCUCCAGCCUUGCAGAUUCGCACCGUGCUGCUAUCCAUUCAAGCAUUAUUAAGUGCUCCUAACCCCGAUGACCCACUGGCAAAUGAUGUCGCUGAGCAGUGGAAAACAAAUGAAGCCCAAGCCAUAGAAACAGCCCGAACAUGGACUAGGCUCUAUGCUGGCAACAACAUUGACGUAUAGAAGACAGGUGCAGCAUUGAAAUGUGAUCCCCAUUAAUACACCACUCCUGACAAGAGGAUCACUUUAAGUUGUAUUCAAUGCAAAGUGUUAGACAUACAAAAAUCAAGUGCUAAAGUAAACAAAUGGUAAAUGUAAUUAAAAUACACAUGGACUAUUGCAACAGACCUUGGGGUGAUUUUGGUUUUCAACACAUCUGCAAUGUUUUAUUAAUUGUCCUGACUGACCACUUCAAGGGAGGUGGGGAGCAGUUGUCUUGUCAUUAAACUUUGGGGUUAGAAAUUUAAAUCUACCUAGCCCCUAGUGUUCAUUAAGGAGAGGAGUGGGAAGGGAGGUUUGAACAACAUAAUGCCAAGCUCCUUCUUGCCCUUGGAUAAACUUAAAAUUAUUCAUUUUAUAGGCAUAUCUGUCUCAUCCCAUCAGAUUUUCAUUCAACAUUGUCCAGUAGGUAGAGGCCUGGAAUUUGUAGGGAACAAAGGAGACUAACAAUCAGACUGAAAAUAUUUAAACACUUAGAAGUGUUUGAUAACAAACUUAAAUGUAGGAAAAUUAUAUAAUGGAAGGUUGUAUUUGGACACUGUCUGUUUGAAUGUACUGAAAUACAUCAUUCUGUCCUUCCCACCUUAACUGUUCUCUAAUUCAUCAUGAUUGGAUGGAGGAGAAUGUAGUUGUUGCUAUUCCAGUCAGAUGUUAUCAAUUCACUGAUCAGAUGCCUCAAAAGAGGGUGAAGUGAAAAUGGGGGGGAAAUUUUCAAUCCCUGUUCGGAGUAAACAAGGGUGUUCUACAUACAUAGUAUAGGUGGAAGGUGUAUUAUUAUUUAGUUUUUUUAUCUUAUGUUAGUGUUCAAUAUUGUACUCCACAGUGAUAAUUAAGAACAUAUAAAGUAUCAGACUCAAGCCCAUAUUGACAAAGUUAGUUUGCUUAGUGUUGAUGCUAAGUGAAGCCAUGUCAGGAAAAGAGGGUGACGUCACUCUACCUGAAACCAACUGGGACUAAGCAAUAUAAACAAUUGAUAGCUGAAAUCCUUCAAGGCAUAUGUAAUAAUGUACAAGUUAUGUGAGUAAGAAAGACAUUUAUUAUGUUUUAGUAAAACUUGUUUUACAAUAGUUUGACUUGUUUGCUACUUGAUUUUGAGAUUGAGUUUCAUUGUUUUUUGUAUGUCUUGUCCCUGACUCUUAACUGCAGUUUACUCCAGUUUAUAUCAGAAGAGUCUGUAAAACAUGGAUAAUUAUGUAUAUGAGGGAUGUGGAAGGUUUUUUAGCUUUUUAGGCAGAUUUAUCAAAAAAUUAUCCAGCUCGUGGUUCAAGAGAAUGUUCUACAAAAUGGUACAAAAGCAGUGCAUUUACAUACAUUAAUCAACCAACUGUAAAUAAAAUACAAAUGCUACAA